CCUGCGAUCGAUGCGUGCUAGAGUGCCGUGCUUUACCACAAUCAAGUGUGCUACUUUAUGAUUGUCUUAUCCUUUUUUUUGUGUUUAAUUAUUGCUUAAUAUUGGAUCGUUAAGUGUUUGAAGGAUAGCUAAAUUAAAUCGACCGUUAGAGAAGUGACAGUGUGAUGUGAAAAACAGAACGCAGUAUACUAUGCGCAGUGGAAAUCGCAUCAACAACGAUAAGAGUUACACCACCAGAAAAUGUUAGUGGAAAGGAGAGGUUGAUAAUUUAUCUUUUUAUUUAACCGCAUGCUUCAAUUGUGUGAAAAUUUGCGGAAACCUUUGACUGACCUCAUCACCGAUAACAGUCACAAAUCGUCACCAGGAAGCAAAAAUCGGCAAUCAAACGGAAGCCUCGUUCAACUGCAAUACAAUGUAGGUCGGAAGCGUGGAAAUUUCAGUACGAAAAGCAGUUCAAUUCAGUGUAGUAAUUAGCACGGACAGUAAAAUAUCUUCAUCACGGCACCAGAAGCACCGAGAAAAAAAAACACGAACGGAACCGUGGAACACUAUCGCUUCCACAACAAGCACCCCGGACGACCUCUUAUCGUGCCGGUGGUGCAGGCUCAGCUUAGAGCGCUCGCAAAACAUCCUCCCGGUUGGCUGCCCUGGUUCCCAGUGUGGCGUGAAGAAGUAAACCACAGCUUCUGGUAAACUGGCACGGAAGAAUUCCCAUGUUGAAAGAUGUAUAACCUGCGAAUGGAAACGUUUCAUCGAGUGCGGUCAUGAACUGGAUGCCCACGUACGCCAAGCUGCAUCCCGGUGCAGUGUUUUUUGUACUACUACUGACCUGCACGCCACAGCAUUCGUUUACCGUUGAUAGCAGACCGGCAGCGGCCGAUGUUGAGAUACCCAAGCUGCAACAAUGUAUUGCCGGUGCGGACACUCGCCUUAGGUGCGGUAUCAAGGAGCAUCAUGCGGAUCAUAUGAACUCCUCCGACGUACAGUGGUACUUUAAGCCGUGCGGUGGUGGUGGCUUUCAGCACAUGACAUGCAGUAACCCUGCCAUCCUGGACACGCUCGAUUGGCAUCCGCUCGAGUGCGAUAAUAAACCAUGCAGGGUCACGCUGACCAUACACAACGUUUCGGACACGGAUGCCGGACUGUACCGCUGCACGAUACAUCCCUACCGGACGGACAAUCGAACCCAGCUAGACAUACAGCUCGUGCGAACGUUCGAACUGGUGGUGACAAAGUGGCCGCUCGAUGAGUCAAUCCCGGCACCCGAACUGUUGGACAAUCUGCCCGCCAAUACGACGGCCAUUAUUGACACGCAAAUCGUACUGCAGUGUCUGGUGCGCAGCAAGGUGCAACCCACCAUUAAGUGGUUCCGGCGUAUCAACAAACCGCUCGGGGAGCACAACUUCAAUCAGAACAAAUCGAUCCGCUAUUUGGAGAAUUCCUACGAGCUGCUACCGUCGGCCGGCGAAAAGCUCCUGUCGUACGAUAUCUAUCUGAGCAAGUUGAUCCUGUACAAUGCGUCCGAGCGCGACAUCGGGAUAUACGUGUGCGUCGGCAUUAAUUAUGUCGGUGUCAGCAUGGCCGAUGCGUACGUCAAUCUUGUGCAUCCCAACGGGGUACCGGUGCAGGAGUCUGGCGGACGAUACGUAGGGCUUAUGGUGCUGUUUCUAAUACCGAUUGCGCUGGCGGUUGUUCCUCUGCUAGGCUGGGUAGUGUUAAAUGUAUUACGCGCAAGGCAUCACUCCGAGGAAAAGUCGCUGGUGCAAAUACCCGCUGCUACCAACGCUUACGAACCACACCUGCAACGACUUCACGGAAGGAAAUGUAGCAAGCCGGACAAAAGGGAUCAUUUGUAUGAGACGGUCGAUAUGGUGUGAACAUGGUUGCCCUUCCAUCAUAUGUACAUAUGUACAUAUAUUAAGUAUUUGUAUAACUUUAUACGAUUCACUAAGGCCCUUGCUCGCUUAAGAAGAAGUGGAUAAUAUAUUUUUCGCAGUACAACUCAUCUAACAAUGAAAUUGAA